AUGCCUCUCGGUUUAUCGCCAUACGUUACUUCCACUUGCGUCAGCCAAGAGAAUCGGUCCAACGCCCGCAUGGAAAACGACCGCCCAAGCCCUUUACGGAUCUCUAAGCAGAUAAACUCAACAACCCACACGAGGGGCGGUAAUUAUGAUCAACAUCCCGUCUAUCCGGCACAAGAGUUUAUCCAUCCGCUGCAGAAGCACAGUGCCAAUCACCUCAAUAUCUCGAAGCGGCGGAGUCUCUGGGCUCUAUCAUCGCAACUCGUCGACCACGAAGAACCACGGGACAUUCCACCACGCCCAUAUUCGGUUACCCCAAACAUGGCAUUGGCAGCACGCUUUUCUCCUAUGCCGGACGAGAAGAGCGAGCGGAAGGUUCCUCGCCCGGCCGAAGAGGCGGAGGAGAUGCUGAGGGAAGCAAGUCGUACGUACUCGGGCGCUUCCGAUAACUCCAACUCUUGGAAUUCUUUUGUCUCUGGCGGAUGCAGCGAGCGCAAGAUGUCUAGCACACGGUCCACCUCAAGCGUGGUACGACACGUUUCAUCGUCAACCGACGUUCCCAGCUGCACAAUCAGCAUGGACAGCAUCUUGCCUCACGUGUUAUCUCCUCACAUUUCGAUCUAUACAAACGGCCACAAUCGUUACUUUGGUCAAGUCCAUGUAUGGGCAGCGAUUGAAGUGUCUGGCAUUCUAUCACAUGCGUACUCGGCGGAUGGGACUGGUGCCAAGCUAGCUCAACCAAGAGAGGACGAGCAUCAUUUAGGUCGAGGUGCUCCCUGUGAAAGGGACUGCCGUGUUGCAAGUCUUUCACGAGCAGGCAUUUCCGACACCCUCAUACUUGCACAGAUUCGCAUCAACCCGGAGUUGAUUGCAAGACGCGUUAGCAAAGCACACCGGAGACAUAAAUCAGACGAAUUGAUGGCCGAUCUAGAGAGCCAGCUAGGAGACUCGCAGAUGCCAUAUAUGAAAGUAAAAGUCACAUACAGCCAUUCCGCAUUUUCAGACUAUUUUGGCCAUGAGAUACUGGUUGGCGUGGCUCAACGAUGCACGAAACUGGAAACAACUGCAGUUGGUGCCUUGAAGCAACACAACGUUGGAUCCGCAUGGUCACCACCACCUAUCUACUCACUUGAAAGCAUCAAGUCUGCCAUGCAAAGGCACUGGAAAGCCGAUGUGGUUGCAAAAUGGUUGCAGAGGAUAAAAGACUCGGAAAGAGCUGGAAUUCAGCAAAGCACCAAGCAUGGCGACAAUGCGGCUGAAGAACUGCAAGAGGCAAAUUGCCGAGACCCCAUGCAUCGACCAGCCAUCUCCAUGGAGACAAUGUGCCAAAAAAUGACUGCAAACCGUCUCUCGGAGUCGUGCAGGCAUGUGCAAUCUCCCGACUAUGGUAAUGAGAGGCGAGAGCUGAAGCCGGCCACAAACAUGGGCUCGCUACGAAGCAGGCGAUCUUGGAGCCGCAACACAAGCGGCACAACGUGCACGUCGGGGUCACUAAGGAAGAAGAAGUCAUUUGCGGCAGGAAUCUGGAGGACUCUGACACCAUCUAUCAACAUACCCAAGACCGAGGGAGAUGGAUCUGCGCAAGGCCCUUGGAAUUGGAACGCAUGGUUCUAG